UACAAACUUUGUUGUUGGUUAGACAGUCACUUGUCUUACUAUGCUAGACUACCUAAGCGUUUGAAAGUGCGAACAAAUCCAAGUAGUCCUCAAUAUGUCAGGUCCUUCUAAUGGGAAUGUGCCUCCCGGCUCCGGCUCCACGGGUAGUACCAGUACAGAAUCGCCGUUAAUGACGGAAGUGCCCUCUUCGUUGAAGCAAUUGGCACGUUUGGUGGUGAGAGGCUUCUACGGCAUGGAAGACGCCCUCAUCAUCGACAUGUUAGUGCGAUUCCCUUGCUUGAGAGAGGAGGACUUGGCCGAAUUGCUCAAAUUCGAUAAGAAGAUGCUUAGAGCCAAGAUCUCACUCCUCAGAGUUGAUAAAUUUGUUCAGACCAAACAAAGGAUCGAGACAGAUGAAGAGGGUAAAGUGGUCAAAAUGAAUUGCUAUUUCAUUAACUAUAAGGUGUUCGUGAAUAUCGUCAAGUACAAGUUGGAUCACAUGCAUAAAAAGAUGGAGACCUCGGAGCGCGACGCCACCAAUCGAUCCAGUUUUAUCUGCAAAAGAUGCACCAAAACAUUCACAGAUCUCGAGGCCGAUCGGCUUUUUGACCCUCAGACAUUCGGCAUGAGAUGCACGUAUUGUUCCGGCGAAGUGGAAGAGGAUGAAUCGGCCGGGCCCAAGAGUGAUUCCAGAUUACUCUUGGCCAAAUUCAAUGAACAGAUGGAAAAGCUCUACGACAUAUUAAAGGCCGUGGAGACAAUACGGCUGGCCCCCGUGGUGUUGGAGCCCGAGCCCGCAGAGAUCAACCAAAAGGGCAAAACGAAGAAUAACACUUCCAAUGCUCCGGCUGAUGGCGAAGGCAAAUGGUCUGGCGAGGCCAGUCGAGGUGGCGGGUUUCGAACCGAGGAUCAACACGUCAACAUUACGUUCGGCGACAACGCUCAAGAUAACCGCGAAGCCGCGAAGGAAGUCCCCAUCUGGAUCACCGAAUCCACCGUCAAUCGCGAUGAAGACACCCGAACCUCACUUCUGGGCAAUGUUCUGGAUGACGAUUCAAAUUCCAAUUUGCCGGGCGUCAGUUCCAAUCCGGGCGUGUCCGAAGAUCAAAGCGACGAGAUCACAUCAUUGUUGCUUCGUCAUGAGAAGCGGAACGCGCAACCCGCAUUUGUGCCUCCGGGCAGUGAUAGUGACAAGAGUGAUGAGAGUGAUUUUGAGGAUGUGUCUAAAUUGGAGCAAGCGGCCAAUCCCAAUAAUGAGGAAGUGGAGAUGAUGUCAGACGAGGAUGACGGCGAAUUGCCCACGGUGAGGAUAGGCAAUGAUGAGGUGACAGUGACGGAUGUGACUGAGGAACUCAUCGCCAAAAUGACCGCUGAAGAGAAGGAGAGAUACACCCAAGUGUUCCAGGAUUUCUAUUCUCAUAUGUACGAAUGAUUUCAAGAGAGUGAACGCAUUGAAGAAACUGAGAAAGAACAGUAAUCAAUAGAACGUAUUUUAUUUAUAUCUUGA